AUGGCCCGGGAGAGGCCUCCUGGGAGGGGCUGCGGCGCCCUGCGCCGGUGUCUACUCGGGGCCGCGCUGUUGCUCGGCCUGCGGCUGUGCGCGGAGCUGCGGCGCGCCGGGCCCGGGUCCCCAGCCCGCAGCGCCCUGCCGGGCCCGGCCUGGCGGCCACCUGGGCCGCACCUGCAGCCUGCGCCGGGCUCGCCGCGUGGCGCCAGCAGGAGGCAGGUGACCUACGUGCGCAGCGGGCGCCGGGCGCCGCCGGGGGGCGGUGGGAGCGGGACGCCGGAGCCUGGCUGCUGUGCCCCGCGCGGGCGCCCCCGCCGGAAGGGUCCGCGGUGGCAUAUAGAUCUCCAGCCUUGGGCAGGCCCUGCUCAGUCCCUGGAUGAAGAAGCCUGGAGGUUCCUGAGAUAUAUCAGCACUGCCCAGAUUGCAUGCAAUCACAUGAAUACAGACAGCCUGGCUACUGACUCUAGUCCUACACACAAGCCCUGGUCAGUGUGUCUUGACGACAGGUUCAAUUUAGCUCAUCAAAUCCGCAACAAGCAGUGCCGCCUCUACUCCUUAGGGCUGGGAAGUGAUGAUACCCAUUUUGAGGUUAGCAUGGCCAACAAUGGAUGUGAAGUGCAUCGUUUUGAUCCUAGUGUCAAGUCAGCUCACAUUCUGGAGAGUCAGCACCUUUGGUAUCACCGCUUGUCCAUUGACUGGCGGGAUCCCCAUCCAGCUGUUGCUGCCCAAAAACCACAUAGCAACACCAGAAAACUGGGAAGCAUUUUGAAUGAAUUUGGGCAUCACAAGAUUGACGUUCUCAAGGCAGAUCUGGAAAGUGCAGAAUGGAAAGUUUUGGAAAAUCUUAUUCUGGAAGAUGUUCUUGAGCGGAUUGGACAGCUCAUCUUUGAGAUCCAUCUCCACUGGCCUGGGUUUGAGGUCAGUGGCAGUGACAGCAGUGUCGUGAGGUUCUGGUACAGCCUUCUCAAAGAGUUAGAACAAAAGGAUUUCAGACUUUUUCACAGUUAUAAAGAUUUAUCUAAACCUCAGCUAUUCUUGAAGAAAUACAUUUUCAAUGCAAGUAGCUGUUAUACUCUGAGUUGGGUGAAUACAAGAUGGAAAUAGGAUGCAGGAUAUCAUCAAGAGCACAAGAAAAUAUUUGAAGAAUGGAGCAUGUCCACGAUUCUAAUCAUGAGUUUACUCAUCCAGUCUCCUGCUGGCCUGUGCCCUGCUUGAGGCAGGGAGUAUGUUACUGUCUUUGCAGUGCAUGCAGCCUGGUGCUUGGCAUGUGAUAGGGGCACAGUUAAUACUUGUUAAAGGGAUGAACACAGUCACCCCUAUUUGCCCAGACUCUUCCUUCACCGUAACCUGGAAGAUUAUCCCCCACUCAUCUCAGUUUUCCCUAAAAUUCUCUGUGUAUCUGUAAUCUAUGAAUUCACCAACAUUGAAAUGAAAUUAUAUAAAUUUCCUUUUUUACUAGGUUGGUGAGGUUUUUAAGUUCUUCGCCUACUAUUUAAAAUAGGGUAUUAAAUUUGAAUUUGACUCUGCUUUUUCAAGGUUUUUCUUAUUUACCUUGUCAGUGAUAUUCUUUACAACAUUGUUGAUUUCAGUCAUUCCUUCUCAGUCUUUGCUGAGGCCAUGCUGUGGCUUUAUAAGCAGCAAUACUUCUGAUUUCUGGGAACUCGGAUGCACCAAAUUCUGUCACGGAGUUAAAGAGACUAGACUAUCAUGAGUUUCAACUUGAAGGUGUAAGUUCCAGUUCAAGACCAAGUCUGAAGGCAGGAGACCCAUGUCCCAGCUUGAAGACAGCCAGACAGAAUGAAUUCUUCCUUACUCUGCCUUAGGUUCUAUUUAGGCCUUCAAGUGGUUGAAUGAGGGCCACUCACUCUGAGGUGAAGAAUCUGCUGUAUUCAGUCUACUGAUUUAAAUAUUAAUCUCAUCUAGAAAUAUCCUCAUAGAUAUACCUAGAAUAAUGUUUAACUAAAGAUCUGGACACCCUUUAGUCCAGUUAAGAUGACACAAAAUUAACCAUUGUAGGUAGGUGGGUAGAUGGAUAGAUAGUUAGAUAUAUAGAUAGGUUUUCCUACUGGCAUGUUUCACCAUUUUCUUGAGUCACAUAUUCUUGUUUCCAUCUGGCUCCUUCAGUCUGUGCUCUCCUCGCUGAAGUAAGUCCUUUAAUGAUUACUUCAUUAUGAGUCCAUGAGUGAUAUGGUUUGGCUAUGUCCCCAACCAAAUCUCAUCUUGAAUUGUAGUUCCCAUAAUCCCCAUAUGUUGUGGGAAGGACCUGGUGAGAGGUAAUUGAAUCAUGGGAGUGGUUUCCCCCAUGCUAUUCUCGUGAUACUAAGUUCUCAUGAGAUCUGAUGGUUUUAUAAGGGGCAUCCCCCUUCACUUGGCUCUCAUUCUUCUCCUUCCUGCUGCCAUGUGAAGAAGGAUGUGUUUGCUUCCCCUUCCACCAUGACUGUUUCCUGAGGCCUCCCCAGCCAUGCUAAAUUGUGAGUCAACUAAAUGUCUUUCCUUUAUAAAUUACUCAGUCUCAGAUAUAUCUUCAUAGCAGUGUGAGAAUGGACUAAUACAAUGGGUAUUACACAUUUUAGAUUUUACAUAUUUGAAAAAGCACUUGCUUUUCAUACCUGAAUAACGUUUAUUUGUGCACAGGAAAAAAAAGAGCUUCAACUCAAGAUGCGUUUUAUACUCAACCUUAAUUCCCUUUCACUUCCUAUUAAACUAAGCACAGAGCAGGAUCUGGGUAUCUUUGCUGUUGCCUCUUCUGCCUUCAAACAUGAUUUUUCCACCCACAGACUUCCCUAUGCUGUCAAAUCUUUUUUUAAAAAUACAUUAUGUCUAAUAAUGUUAAGUGCAUUUUUCUUUACUCCCAGUUGGCAUCACUUACACGACUGUGGCCUGAGGACCAUCGUCUCAUUUUCCUAGGAUAGUUAGACAGUUUUUCAAUAGCACCAAUCCUUUCUACAUUAAAAAUUAAAUGGAAAGUUUAGGUUAUCCGUGGUUCAAAUGCUCUCUCUCAUUACUAUUUACAGGAUUAAACACGUGCAUAAUUUUCCAAAAUCCUAUUUCAAAUAAAUAGCAUAAAAAACAAAUUAUUACUUUAUUGUCAAUUAAAUCUAUUUUUUGGCAUUUUU